AUGGAGAGUGCUGGAGACAGCCCACAUCAUAGUGCCAGAGACCCGGGGAAACAGCACAUCGACCAGAGGGGUAGCAAAACAAAAGGAAAAAACAACAACAAGAAAAACGAAGGAAGUGGAGGCGCGGGGCGUUCGGUGUGCGGGUUCCGUCCGCGACAGCACUGGCUCGCGGACAGUCAUUUGAAAUGUCCAGUCCCGUCCGCCGGGGCUCCGGUCCCCCAAAACCGGCCCGCGCCGCUGGGGUCCCACCCUCCGGCGGAGGGAGGGGCGCUUCUCGCGGCGGCGGCGGCGGCGGCGGGCAGAGGACGCCACUCGGGGCAGGACCGGGGUAUCCCGGCGGCCGGACGGCUGCCCCAAACCAGCUCCGGGGCUGAGGGAACUUUCCCUCCCUCCGGCCCGGCCGCAGCCCACGCUCACGCGCAAACUUUGCAGACGCCGCCGCUGGCGUCCGGAGUCCCGCCCCGCGACCCUCCCGCGCCGCGCGCCGAGCCCCCGAACGUCCGCGCCCCGCGUGACUGGGCCGCGCCGCCGCCGCCCGCGCCCCCGGCCCCGGCCCCGACCCUCCCCCGCGCCGCCGCGGGCCCCAGCGGCCGGCCGGCCGGGCCUGCGCCGCGCGCCCCUCACCUUGGUGGCCAUGGCGGGCGGCUCCCCCGGCCCGGGACGGCCGGCUCCUCUCCGGCGCCGCGGCUGUCGGCCCGAGGCGGGCGGGCGAGGGCGGCGGCGGCGGCUACGGCUGGGCCCCGGCGCUGCGGCGGCGGCGGCUCCGCCUCGGCCCCGAGUCUCGGCGCUCAGGCCCCGCCGCUGGGCGCUCGGCGACUCCGGCCGCCGCCCGCUCCUCCAGUUCCUGAAACUCCCCGGCUGCGCGGCCCCCGCCCCUGCCGGCCGAGCCUCCCAUUUACCGCGGCGUGCGCGGCGCGGCCGGCGGAAGCGCGCCCGGUGCCCUCGGCCGGCCCGGCCUCCUCUCCCACUUUCCGCCCCCGCCCCGAGCCUCCGCCCGGCCCGCGCCGCCGCCGCCGCCGCCGCCUCCUGCGCCGGGCGCCCUUUGUUCCAGCGCCGGCCGCGUCCCGAGAAGCGGCCGGGCCUGGGUCGGCGCCCCGCGUGGCUGCCCGCGGGAAAACUUCAAGGGGUGUGAGGAUUCGCUUUGGUCCCCCUGCCUGGAGGACCGGUCCGACUGCCUCCCGCAGGACCGCGCCGUAG